CAAGGCUGUUUCUUGGAGCGUGGAUCUGACGAGCUUCUUUCUUCUGGUAUCACUAACGGGCCUUUUACCAUGAACAAUUCUACUCCAGCUACAGAACUGGACGUCCCUUGGAUGGAUGUUUCUGCUACUUUAUCUAAGAUCCAUCUGGUACUGGAGCCUAAAGUGGCUUGCAUCUUGUGGUGUCAGUGACUACCCUUUAUACUUUGAGGAUUCUGAUCACUCACCUCCUUGAUGUGACUGGUAGUUAUACACCAACAUUGGAAUGCAUGUGGACAAAUACUCAAAGAAGCUAGUUGAUUAACAGCAGAAGUGUUACACUUGUCCACUCUCUCCCCCACAACAACCUCUGGGCUUGAUCUGGAUCUUCUAGCGGUAGGCCAAGAGCCUUUGGGGAGUUGCGGAGCUAAUGGGAAUGACAACAAGAAAUUUAAAGGAGACAGAUCUCCCUGCUCCCCUUCUCGUGUCCUUCAUCUGCGUAAAAUUCCAAAUGAUGUCACUGAAGCGGAAGUCAUUUCAUUAGGUCUCCCUUUUGGCAAAGUAACCAAUCUCUUGAUGCUGAAGGGAAAAAGUCAGUUAUUCUUUUAACUGCAGGCUUUCUUGGAAAUGGCUUCUGAAGAAGCUGCUGUUACUAUGGUGAACUACUACACUCCUGUUACACCUCACCUCCGCAGUCAGCCUGUUUAUAUUCAGUAUUCCAAUCACAGAGAACUUAAGACUGACAAUCUACCUAACCAGGCUAGAGCUCAAGCUGCAUUGCAAGCAGUGAAUGCUGUGCAGUCUGGAAGCCUGGCCCUUACAGGUGCUCCUUCUACUGAGGGUGGACUCCUUCCAGGCCAGAGUUCUGUUCUCCGAAUUGUUGUGGAAAACCUCUUCUAUCCAGUCACUUUAGAAGUGCUAUAUCAGAUUUUCUCCAAGUUUGGAACUGUCCUGAAGAUUAUCACCUUCACAAAGAACAAUCAGUUUCAGGCCUUGCUUCAGUAUGCUGAUCCAAUGAAUGCACAUUAUGCCAAAAUGGCUCUGGACGGCCAGAAUAUCUACAAUGCAUGCUGCACUCUCCGUAUUGAUUUCUCCAAGUUAACAAGCCUUAAUGUAAAAUACAACAAUGACAAAAGUAGAGAUUUCACUCGCCUUGACCUUCCAUCUGGUGAUGGCCAGCCCUCCCUUGAUCCCACCAUGGCUGCCACUUUUGGUACCCCAGGUAUCAUCUCCUCACCAUAUGCAGGGGCUGCUGGAUUUGCCCCAGCCAUUGGUUUUCCUCAAGCUGCAGGUCUUUCAGUCCCAGCUGUUCCUGGAGCACUUGGUCCUCUUGCAAUCACCACCUCAGCAGUGACUGGACGAAUGGCUAUUCCUGGAGUUGCAGGAGUUCCAGGAAAUUCUGUUUUGCUUGUCAGCAACCUAAAUCCUGAUGCUGUCACACCACAUGGGCUCUUUAUCCUAUUCGGUGUUUAUGGUGAUGUACAUCGUGUGAAGAUAAUGUUUAACAAAAAAGAAAAUGCCUUGGUACAGAUGGCAGAUGCAACCCAAGCUCAACUAGCCAUGAGUCACUUGAAUGGGCAGAGACUGUAUGGAAAAGUGCUCCGUGCAACUCUUUCAAAGCAUCAGACAGUUCAGCUUCCUCGUGAGGGACAAGAGGACCAAGGCCUGACGAAAGACUACAGCAGUAGUCCUUUGCAUCGUUUCAAGAAGCCUGGCUCGAAGAACUUCCAAAACAUCUUUCCUCCGUCUGCCACUCUGCAUCUUUCCAACAUUCCACCUUCAGUUACUGUUGAUGAUCUGAAGAACCUCUUUGCAGGUACUGGAUGUACUGUGAAAGCCUUCAAAUUCUUCCAGAAAGAUCGUAAAAUGGCUCUCAUCCAAUUGGGCUCUGUGGAAGAAGCAAUUCAGGCUCUCAUUGAGCUUCAUAAUCACGACCUUGGAGAAAACCAUCACCUCAGAGUUUCUUUCUCCAAAUCUACAAUCUGACAUUUCUGUGAACUUUCCUUUUAAGACUGCACCACAGUUUCGGUAAAACCUUCAGACAGAGACUGAAGCAGCUACGACCAACUCUGCCUCUUAAGAAAGAAAAAAACAAAACUCGCGCUGAGUUUGAUGAUCAUGUGUACUCGUACACAUAGUAAAAAAUUCAAGGGAUGAUCUUUUCCAUUUUUUUUGCCAGUAUGUGGUCAAAUGUUUAAUACUCCUCCAUAAGCAGUUUCUUCUGUGGAAUUAAUCUUUAGCAACAAUACUUACAGUAAAACUCCCUAUUUUGAAUUAUAUUUCAGGAGCAUCCUUUUUGUUUUUGUUCCAAAUCAGCCUUACACAACAUUUCUUAAGGCUCUUUAAAUUAUACCAGGCCAAGAUUGUUUCUAAUGAAAUGCUAAAUCUACUAUAUGGGUUAAACACUAAUAUGAAUGUGAACUAGCACUUGGGUUUCUUAGUGAAAAGUCAGCCUUUACAGUGAAUGUUCAUUGAAAAAAAUAUAUAUUAUCAAAUAAUGGCCUUUAUUUUGGCAGAUCUGAAUUAAUUCUUUUUGUUAAAUCAGCAACUUUUCACAGAGUUAAAA